AUGAAGUUUUCAAUUGUAGCGCUUGGCGCUAGUCUGAGUACCACUGCUCUUGCUUUCCCCGGUAUGACUGGCGGUAGCGAUGACAUGAUGAAUUUUCACAAGUCCCUUAUCAAAAGGGCUCAGCUCGGCGGACCUCACAUGAGACGCGAUGGGACGCCUGAUCUCCCAGCUCUCAACAAUGUCACAAGUACUGGUACUGGUCAGCAGAUCAAGGACUGCUUAUACGGGACAAUCUCUUGCGAAGCCGCUCCACAGAAGACCUAUGUUGCUCCCGCCCUUGGCUCAAAGGAGUGUGAUUCUGACAAGUGCUGCAUUUGGGACUAUGUCGUCAAGGACCUUGUUACGAUGUUCACUCUUCCCAAUGGUCAAUGCAGCGAGCUCGCUCGACAAGCCAUUCGUCUUGGCUUUCACGAUGCUGGUGCCUGGUCUAUAAACAGUGGCUUCGGUGGUGCUGAUGGCUCCAUGUUAAUAUCCGAUGAAGUCAGUCGCCCAGAGAACAAGGGCCUUGAGUCAAUCGUAGCCAGCGGAAAGAGCCUUUUGGCCAAAUGGAAUGUCAGUGCAGCCGAUCUCGUCCAGCUUAUGGCAAACGUUGCAACAGUGAUUUGCCCUCUAGGCCCUCGCGUUCUCACCUUCAUUGGCCGCCCUGAUAGUGCAGAUUCGCCGACAGACCUCCUUCCAGGUCCCUUCUCUGAUGCCACCACUCUCAUCAAUCUCUUUCAGGAUAAAACGAUCUCCUCGGAUGAGCUCGUUGCCCUUGUCGGUGCUCAUAGUACUUCACAUCAAGAUUUCGUCGAUCCGAGCAAUGCUGGAAGCUUCCAGGACACGACGCCAGGUGUAUGGGACACUCUCUUUUACAGCGAGACUGCAAAUAAUGCCUUUUCCGUGAGCGAUGUGACGAAGUUCCCGUCGGACAUUGCUCUGUCCAAGGAUGCUCGAACAUCUGGUGUCUGGGGAGCCAUGACCAACCAGCGUACCUGGAACGCAGCUUGUACGUCGUACUUGUCAAUCUGCUUCUAA